AUGGCUCUCGCUCUCUCAGGCUCCGCUGCUGCGCGCGCUCUCUCCCGGCUGCUGGCCCUGACCACCAGGGGCUACGCGGCGGCUGCUGCGUCCGGCGCGAUGAGGCGCGGCGCCUCGGACAGGAAGGCGGCGGGCGAGGCCGAGAAGGCCGCCACCGACGCGUCCUGGGUCCCCGACCCCGUCACCGGCCACUACCGCCCGGCCAACCGCGCCGCGCCCGUCGACCCCGCCGACCUCCGCGCCGCCCACCUCGGCCGCACCCACGCACGGGCUUGAAAGGCCCGCUCCACCCUUCUACUCCCUCGCGUGAUAAACCGCUGAUAAGUAAUAGGGGAGGUCGGAGGUUCCUCCGCCGACGUGCCCGGACGUGCGCGUUCCCGACAAGCACAAGAUCCAUCUUACGCGGGAGCCAGGACCCAGGAGACAUGAAAAUGAAAGAAGGGAUCGGCGGCGGCGGCUUGCCUAUUUCCAGUUCGUGUGCGUGCGUGAUGUGGGCUGCAUGCCCUGUUUACUUAGCGUUGGUGUUAACCGAUCGAAGUUACUCCAUCCAACAGGGCUUGUACUCAAUAACGCAAGAAAUCACCAUUUUCUUGUUCGUUGAUA